GAAAGCAUUUAUUUUGUAAAAUAAAAAUAUAUGUACGCAGUAAAUUGUUACGAAAAUUUUUAAUGCCUAAUAUAUCGCCGAGAAAAGUCACAUAAAUGUAGAGAGGCACACAUGGGGGAGAAGAAACAAAAAAAAAAAAAAAAAGCGGAAAAAAAGUAAAAUAAGGAAAAUUAAAAACUUUCAAAAAAUAACACACAUUCGAAAGGUAAAAAAAAAAAGUAACAGUAACAGUAAAUAGAAUAAGUAAAACACACCCGCUACGCCGCUGCAGCCCUUCCAGAGUUCAAAGCAGAAUAACAAGGGGAAUCUCCCUCCUCCUAUUUGUUUUGUGAAUCCUGCCUUCGAUAAGCGCAUAUAGAUACGUGCUUACCUACGUGUAUAUAUCCACACGGACGUACCCACACGAGCCGCUGCCCCACAUGCAUAUGUGUGUGAGCCCCUUUUUCCGCGCCUCAAGAACCCACUGUUAAGCAAAACCGCACAUCCGAAAUUGCCUUCCACAAAAUGAGCAAGGCGUCUGAUAAUAAUAAAAAUUUGGAGGAUCAAAGAACAAACUUCGAUGAAAAGGAUAAAAAAAAAUUGUUCUUGUAUGGUUACGAACAGCAGCUGCUUUAUGGACGAAUUAAUUGGAAACUGGCCGAAAAAAAGAAAAUAACUAAAUACCCCAUAAACACUAUGAAAAAUUUGUGGAACCACAGCAUAGCUAACUGCUUGCCCCAGUUUAUAGAGAACUACUCCAAAGACGUGGAAAAGCUGAACGAAAUGAAAAAAAAAAAAAAAUUGAACAUUGCACAGAAAAUAAAAAAAAAAAAAAAGCUGACACCAGCCAAAGUACAAUUCACGAAACAACGCUCAAAUAUUUCGAUGAACCGAGUGAUUAAAGGAGUGAGCUUAGAUUACAAGAAAUUAAAUACGCAUACGUUUAAAAAUAAAAAAGUUGUCACUUCCAUUUUGAAGAAAAAAACGAUAAACAAAACCAUUGACAAGCAGAAGAAAGCACCCGAAAUGAAAAAUAAAAAUGCGCAAUUAACCAAACAAAAAACCAAAAAGGUAAUCAACAUGAAGAAGGCACCCAACACAACCAAACCGAAGGAAGAUACCAAAAGCGACAAAAUGAAGAAGGACGAUAAGACAAAGAAGAACGGAAAGGUCAGCAAAGGCGAAAAGGAAAAGAAAGAAGAAAAGGCCAAAAAGAGCGUCAAAAAGGAUGCCAAAGCGGCAGACGGAAAGGCGCAAAAAGGGGACAAGCCCAAGACGGAGGAUAAGAAGGAAAAGGCGAAGAGUGAAAAGGCUGUCAUAAAGAAAAUCGACAAGGGUAACAAGGGAAAGGACAAGAAGGUGGAGAAGGUGGAGAAGAAGGAUGAAAAGAAGGCGGAAAAGAAGGUAGAAAAGAAGGACGAAAAGAAGGACGAAAAGAAGGCGGAAAAGAAGGAAGAAAAGAAGGCGGAAAAGAAGGACGAAAAGAAGGAAGAAAAGAAGGGGGACAGCAAGGUGGACAAGAAGCCCGGCAAGAAGGACGACAAGAAGGAAGGCAAGAAGGACGACAAGAAGGAAGACAAGAAGGACGACAAAAAGGCAGAAAAAAAAGCAGAAAAAAAAGACGAUAAGAAGGUGGAAAAAAAGGCAGACAAAAAGGACGAAAAGAAGGCAGACAAGAAGGCGGAAAAAAAGGCUGACAAGAAAGACGACAAAAAGGAGGACAAGAAAGACGAUAAGAAAGACGACAAAAAGGUCAAGAAAAACAUUUUGAAAACGCAGAAAACGAAGAAGUAGCGCAGUACCCCCAAUGGCGAACAGGCUCCCUUGAGCUCUACUUUGACACCCUUGCAGGGAGGGAAAGGGGAAAAGAAAUGACCAAAGCGCUGUUACCUCGUGGACGCGCAGAGCAGCUCUCUAACAAGUGACCCACAGCUGUGCAGCUUGCCCAAACGGAUAAGCUAACACAGCGGAAAAACCACACAGAUGGUGAGUAGGUGUAAAUGCAUACGCAGAGGCAGGCGUGGACCAUCGCGUCGACGCCGACUCGGCGUAGCUCCUUUUAAAACAAAGACCCCCCAAAGAUGACCCUCCAUUCGCCUUUUUUUUUUCGAAAGUCACCCAAGACUUACUUCUUAACAUAUUUUUUUUUUUUUUUAAUGCAUAAAAAAAAUUGUUUUUCAAAAGGCAAGCACGUGGUAAAAAAAAAUGUACAUUCGCGUCAACCUGUGUUCAUGGAAAUGCGUCCAUCGAGUUCGCGCGCAGCUGUGUGUGCGUGUGUGCCUGUGCGUAACCGUGUCAACACGUCCACACGUCACUACCCCUGCUCAGGCAUACCCCCAAACAGCCUCCACGUUCACACCAUUUAAAAGGAACGUUUUAGAAAACGUCUACUAAAGUCGAAUGGGGACC